UCUUUAGCCACUGGAUCAAUGGGUAAUUGUUGUGCCUCGCCAAAAACUUCUGAUGAAAUUAGAGAAAAAAAGAAAAACCGAUUUUCUUCUGAUAGUUCACAUGUGAAUAAAGAUGGUAACCAGAAGUUCUAUGUGCUGGAGAACCCAACAGGGGAUGAUAUUAUGGCAACUUAUAAGCUGGGGCAUGAGCUUGGCCGUGGAGAGUUCGGGGUUACCUAUUUGUGUACGAAUAAAUCAACUGGGGAGCAUUUAGCUUGCAAAUCAAUUUCCAAGAAGAAGCUACGAACUCAAGUAGAUAUUGAUGAUGUGAAGAGAGAGGUUCAGAUCAUGAAGCUUUUGCCUAGGCAUCCCAACAUUGUGAGCUUGAAGGACACCUAUGAGGAUGAUCAUGCUGUCCACUUAGUGAUGGAGUUGUGUGAGGGCGGCGAGUUGUUUGAUAGGAUUGUUGCAAGGGGGCAUUAUACUGAGAGGGCUGCUGCGGUUGUGACUCGCACCAUUGUUGAAGUUAUUCAGAUGUGCCAUAAGAAUGGAGUCAUGCACCGUGAUCUCAAACCUGAAAAUUUCCUGUUUGCAAACAAGAAGGAAACCGCUGCAUUAAAGGCCAUUGACUUUGGGCUUUCAGUGACUUUUAAGCCUGGCGAGACAUUUAAGGAGAUUGUUGGAAGUCCAUAUUACAUGGCUCCAGAGGUUCUGAAAAGAAAUUAUGGUCCUGAAGUGGAUGUGUGGAGUGCUGGUGUUAUUCUAUACAUCCUACUAUGUGGAGUCCCACCAUUUUGGGCAGAAACUGAAAAAGGAGUUGCUCAAGCAAUCAUACGGUCAGUUGUGGAUUUAAAAAAGGAUCCUUGGCCUAAGGUUUCCGACAAUGCUAAAGAUCUUGUUAAGAAGAUGCUCAACCCUGACCCCACCAAGAGGCUCACAGCUCUGGAAGUCUUAGAUCAUCCUUGGUUGCAAAAUGCACAGAAAGCUCCUAAUGUUUCUCUGGGAGAAACGGUGAUAGCAAGGCUUAAGCAAUUCUCAAUGAUGAACAAGCUGAAGAAAAGAGCUCUAAAGGUUAUAGCCGAGCAUUUAUCAGUGGAGGAAAUGGCUGGAAUAAAAGAAGUAUUCAAAUUAAUGGAUACAAGCAACAAUGGGAAGAUUAACAUGAAUGAGUUGAGAGUUGGAAUGCAAAAACUUGGCCAUCAAAUCACUGAUUCUGAGCUACAAAUACUUAUGGAAGCUGGUGAUACUGAUAAAGAUGGGUAUUUAGAUUAUGGGGAGUUUGUGGCAGUUUCCGUCCACAUUAGGAAAUUGGGAACUGAAGACCACUUGAAGAAAGCUUUUGAUUAUUUCGAUAAAAACCAGACUGGGUAUAUAGAGAUUGAGGAACUACGUGAUGCCUUGGCAGAUGAGAUUGAUUCUAACAGUGAAGAAAUUAUUAAUGCUAUAAUGCAAGAUGUUGAUACAAAUAAGGAUGGUCGCAUAAGCUACAUUGAGUUUGAUGUGAUGAUGAAGGCAGGCACAGACUGGAGAAAGGCUUCGCGACAAUAUUCACGAGAGCGGUAUAACAGUCUCAGCUUGAAGUUAAUGAAGGAUGGAUCCUUCAGCUAAUGUCCUUUUAUAUUAAGACAUGUAUAUGUGUGUGUGUUCGAUCAUCGACAUUAUUUUUUCCAUUUUCUUCAUUUCUUGUAUUUUGUGUUUUGCAUUUUUUUAUCUACUUCGUUGUUUGGCUAGAGACCCUCAAUACGUUCCUGAGGUUUAGAGUUUGAAGAAUGGUGACAUUGUCAUUUGCUUGUAAAUAUAAGUAUAUAGUUCUUGCUCAAGAACAUGUAGAGGUUCGGAAGAGCUAAAAAUGUUUCACUAUCUACGGUUGAUUGUGUUUAGUGUAUAUAUACACAUCGAACAUGAGAAUAGAAGGAUUCUGUGAAAAAAGUAUGUUACAAUUUGGAUUAUUUUACAGACAAAAGUUAGCCACAAGGGG